AAGAACCUUGGCGAAGACGAGGAACUCGUAGCCAUUGUUCUUGGACGCCAGCUGUCUUACUUUGGGGAUCUAGAAGCAUUCAAUGGGUUCCUCCAGUACCUCCAUAAUGGGAACCCAGAAAAUCCUUGGAUCGAGAUAUUCUACGCAGUAAGGACUAGUUUCAACGCCGAACACCCUCGGGAACCAUUCUCUCUAUGGCAGGACGAAAUCAUCGAUGAGGAUUUUAGAGACCUUAUUGUGAAAAUGGCGAACUUUAAUCCGGAGCAGAGGAUCACGGCACAGGAGGCAUUAGAGCAUAAAUGGUUUAUAAAUGUCUAA